GUUAGAUCCAAGUCUUAUCAAAAUUAAUUUAAUUUAUAUUUUAAAAUAUUAUUAAAUAUAUUUUUGUUAAAAAAUGUUAAAAGGAGUUAUUGCAAUUAUAACUAUUUUAAUUACUAUAAAUAAAUUAGUUCACUCUCAGGAAACUGACUACAAUUAUCAUUACGAUAAGCUUGAAAUUACUGAUCUUGCAAAAGCUUUUUCUCAAAAUAUAACUGUUAAUAAACUUGAUGACGAGACAUUUGAAAUUAAUGGAUUUGUGGAACAGCAUGCUGAUUUAAUUGAUAAUGAAUGGCAGACUGAAAUUAUAUUAUAUAAACGAGAUGAUGAUGUGGAACAAAAAACGAAUGAAGAAGAGAAAGUGGAAAAUUAUAAAGAAUUGUAUCGUUCUCGAAAGAUUGGAGCUUGUGAAUUUAUGCAAACAUUUUACAAAAAAUACCUAUAUGAAACAUUAAGUAAAUAUUCGAAUGCUCCGCAUUAUAGUGAAUGUCCUUUUAAAGCUAAAGUUUACAAUGUAACAAAUUAUCCUUUUAAAGUAAAAAGGUUUGGGCGAUUUGUUAAACCUGGAUACUAUCGUUUAGAUGGUGUAUUAAAUAAAAAGGAUGGUUUAGCAGCAAUUUAUAGCAUUCAUUUCCAUAUAGAUAAUCGUACUUAAUCAUUUUUAUUAAUAGAUUUUAAUGUUUAAUAACAUUUAACUAAAUGAAGCAGUGUAAUAUCAUGAAAAGCAAAAUAAAGUGAUUUUAAA